AUGUCCUCAACCCUGACCUUCACGCAAGGGCUGCUUCUGGGCCAGCUCUCAGUCGUCCUCUUGAUCGGAGCCUUCAUAAAGUUCUUCAUCUUUGGCGAAGCUCCUCCUGUUCCCUCAAGGUCGUCGCCCUCAGGCCGCACUCCGAAGCACGUCCGCUCGCCCUCUCUUCACAGCCUAGCAUCCUCGAAGAACGCUGCCCCGCAGUCUCUACGGAAUAAAGCGAGUGCAAAUGUGCUUAGGCCCGUUCCGACUACUGCCACCGACAUAGCUUCUAUACUUAGGAAGACAUACUAUCAAAUUCCCGCCCACAGUCAUGGGAAAAACAACCAUUCCACUCAUCAGCCUGAGAGCUUGGAUUGGUUGAAUGUUUUGAUUGCGCAGACGAUCGCCCAAUACCGGCAGACUGCUUACAAUCUCAGAGAUGGCGCGUCUGGAGGGGUUUCUACAAUUUUGACGAGUCUUGAAGCCGCAAUCAACAAUCCUGACAAGCGCCCGUCUUAUAUUGAUAAGAUCAAAAUUACCGAGAUAUCUAUGGGCGAGGAGUUUCCUAUCUUCAGCAAUGUACGUGUUAUAGCUGUGGAGGAUGAUACUUCAAGCGCUACAGGUGGAAGACUACAGGCCUUGAUGGAUGUAGAUCUGUCUGAUGAUAACCUCACCCUUGCCAUCGAGACUGCUCUAAUUCUCAAUUAUCCCAAGCCAUUGUCUGCCGUGCUCCCAGUUGCGCUGGCUGUCUCGGUUGUCAGAUUUUCUGCUACAUUGUCAAUCAGUUUCGUGCCUGCUACUCAUCCGAAGAUGACAGACAAGGACAAGCAAAGCUCUGCAUCCGGAAAUCCCAAGACAAAUCUUGCCUUUUCCUUCCUUCCAGACUAUCGUCUGGAUUUAUCUGUUCGAAGUUUGAUCGGUUCUCGCACCCGGCUGCAAGAUGUGCCCAAGAUUGCACAACUUAUUGAAGCCAGAGUACAAGCUUGGUUUGAGGAAAGGGUUGUGGAGCCUCGUGUUCAAGUGGUCCCUCUCCCAGGUCUAUGGCCUCGUAUGGGCAAGGUCAGAGUCAGAGAGGGGCAAGAAGACGAUCGCCCAUCGACUCAGGACGAGCAUCGAACUACAUCCUUCACUAGCCACCGAGAUACCCGCACCGAGGAUGAUUUCCCCAGUCAAGAGGAGACCGAGAAGAUCUUUGAGAAUCUCAGGUUCCGCAGCGGUCGUGUUCGAUCAGACAGUCAGGCCAUAAUGGGCGAGGAAGACGACCCGACUUCAAAGCCUGUGAGGACGAUGCCCGGGGCCUUGCCCGCCUGA